UUUAAUCAAGUCAAUAGUCAGCCUGUUCGAAGACAUAACCUAUCAAAAAACGGAGAACUGGUUCCGGCAGGUCCGCGGUUCGCUCUAUCUAUUGUAGUAAUAUUCAGCAAUAGGUAGAAGUAUUAAGACCAAAUCGACAUAAUAAAAGGUACCGAGAAUGAGCCGUUACGUCGAUCUUGCUAAAGUUACAACAAAUUAUGCAAAACGCAUGAAUCGUCUGAGCAACAAAAUAUUUGGAGAAGUGUCCCGAACUACAAAUGCAUCGUCAAUGAAGGUCGAAAAGUUGUUCAGUGCGAAGCCUAUGGACAAACGGGACGAAGUCAUCAAUUGGUAUCCAAGGCAUCCCCAAAUUGGAAAAUUAAUGAUGAGGCUUCGAGAAUAUGGUCUAUACAGAGAUGAACACGAGGACUUCAAAGAUGAGAUGAAACGUUUAAGAGUUCUACGUGGCAAAGGCAAGCCUGAGAAGGGAAAGAGCAAGAAAAUAACGCUAUCAGAGUAGAUAAUUAUCUAUUUCCAUGGUCUGGAAAUACUUUGAAAUCUAAAAGUAGCAUAAAGUUUUUACAAACUGUCUUUCAAAAAAGAUAAUGGUAAAAUGUUGUUAAGAUUCUUAUACAAUGGCUACACACUCAUUUUCACCAGUAACGCACUGUUAAAUAAUCAAAAAAUAAAAUAGACUAUGGCCACAAGAUAAAGUGUUGUA